AUGCUUAUGAGAGUUCUCGGAAUAUACAAGGAGAGAACUAAGGCCUUCCAUGACAAGAGAAUCACUCCCAAGGUUUUCAAGGAGGGAGACGAUGUGCUCCUCUACAACUCAAGGCUCAAGCUAUUCCCUGGGAAGCUUAAGUGUCGCUGGUCAGGACCAUUCAAGGUCAAGGAAGUGUUGCCUUAUGGAGCCAUCACCCUAGUGAACAACAAUGGAGCUGAGUUCACGGUCAACGGUCAUCGGUUGAAGAGGUACAUGGGGAGUCAAAGCAUUGGGAGGGAAGUUCAAUCCGUCUCCAUGAUCCACCCCAAGCCUAAAACGGCAAUGAAAGUCAAGCUAUGGGACUCAAAACAAGCUCACUUGGGAGGAAGUCCCAUGGUGCAAUGGCAAGAACCAAGUUCACUGGUGGACAAACUCGCGAGGACUGGGAGAGGGCGAGAGAAGAAAAACGUGAGGGAAAGAAAAAGAUGGACUAUAGCACCAAGAGGAAGCCAGGGGCGAGCAGAGAGUCGGCUCCGAAGUGGCCAGAGACCGGUGGGCAAGACAUGGACGAGUCAGUGA